UUCAUCGUAUUCUAUUCCGUGCAUAUGUAUAGUUUACGAUUCUUAUUGUUACCGUAGUUUAUUUUCUUUCCCUCAUUGCAUUUCGUUUCUUGCAAGUUUAUAUUCUUGUAUAACACAAUCUCAGGAUUUUUAAGUGGCAUCAUGAAGCUGCACACAGACGUAUAUGACAAACUGUAUUUAUACAUAACACCGGAAAAGUUUUAUGUAGAACCUGUUGGGACUAAAGUAUUACUUGUAGUUGAUAGAGUGAGUCAGCAAAUUUAUACUCAAGCUGGUACUGCCAGUCAGAUUCCAUCAAGUGCAAGCCGUAGAAAAAUAUGGGGUAUAAUAGGCACUAUAAGGUUGUUAGCAUGUCGUUACCUUAUAGUCAUCACUGAAGCCACAGAGAUUGGAACUAUAGCUGGCCAUCUAAUUUAUAAAAUAGUUGCUACAGAAGUUAUACCAUAUACAAAAUCUUCUUUGCAUCUUAGUGAAAAGCAACUGCAAAACAAUGCUACAUAUUUAGAAAUGAUAAAAUCUGUAUUGAAUACACCACAUUUCUAUUUCAGUUAUACAUAUGAUCUUAGCCAUACAAUGCAAAGACUUCAUAAUACACCACCCGAAUUUUUACAGAUGCCACUUCAUGAUAGAGCAGAUCUUAGAUUUGUAUGGAAUGCUUAUCUUCUGCAAGAUCUAACAUCAAGACCAGAGCAGUAUAAGUUUUGCCUGCCUAUUAUUCAUGGAUUUGUGUCAUUAAACACUAUUACUGUAACUGGUAGUACAUCAUUCAAUUUGAGCAUUGUGUCUAGACGCAGUGUACACCGUGCAGGAACUAGAUUAUUUUCACGUGGUAUAGAUUCUACUGGUAAUGUUUCUAACUACGUAGAAACAGAGCAAUUGGUCGAAUAUAAUGGACAUCGUAUAUCGUUUGUACAAACACGCGGCUCUAUACCUUUGUUUUGGUAUCAGGCACCGAAUUUGAAGUAUAAACCUAAACCACAGUUGAGUAACCAUGAAGACCAUCAAACUGCUUGUGCUCGGCAUUUCGAAGCUCAGAUAUUUCACUAUGGAAAGCAGAUUUUGAUUAAUUUAAUUGAUCAACGUGGUCCAGAAGCUGCACUGGAAAAGGCGUAUCAUAAUAUAGUACAACAAAUUAACAAUCAAAAUGUUCAAUAUGAAAGUUUUGAUUUCCACGCCGAAUGUAGACGACUAAAAUGGGACCGAUUGAACGUUUUACUUGAUAGAUUAGCUCCUGAAAUGGAACAAAUGGGUUACUUCUUUCUUUUGGAAGAUGGAACGCUAUUGUCUGCACAGGAUGGUGUUUUUCGCACAAACUGUAUUGAUUGUCUUGAUAGAACUAAUGUUGUUCAGAGUAUGAUAGCAAAGAGGAUUCUCAACAACGCGUUAUCAAGAUUAGAAAUCCUUAGGAGAAUCGAAGAUCACCCUAAUGUUGAAGAGCAUUUCAAGCGGAUUUGGGCCGAUAAUGCAGAUGUGAUAAGUAUCCAGUACUCAGGCACUGGUGCAUUGAAGACAGAUUUCACGCGAACUGGUAGACGUACGAAACUAGGUGCCAUGAGAGAUGGAAUGAACUCUUUAACAAGAUACUAUAAAAAUAAUUUUACCGAUGGGUAUAGACAGGAUUCUUUAGAUCUAUUCUUGGGUCGUUACAUUGUGCAAGAUGGCGAAUGCACAUCGGUUCAAUGUCCUUUGGAAUCUGAACGAAACUGGCGUUACGCCACAUUCCCCUUGGUGCUUCUUGUAGCAUCAUCGAUGCUAGUGGCUCAUAUAAUUCUCCCUUCGAGAUACACCACUGAAAUUUUAUUAUACAUGCUAUUUUGGGGUGCUAUGGUAGGUGGUACAUUCGCAACCAUUAUUCACCAUGGCAAGCAAUACGUGGAUAAACCUAAACUGCUUUGA